UUUUGGUCUUCUUGUUUUCUCUCUCUUUUUGUUUCAACUUUCUCAAAACUCAAUAUUUGUUUAAUGUUUUGGUUGAUAGGUGUGGAGAUAUCUUUGAAACUAUGCCACCGGAGGAACGGAAACUUUGGCAUUCUCAUGCUUAUGAGGUCAAAUCGGGUCUCUGGGUGAACCCUAGAGUUCCAGAGCUUAUUGGGAAACCGGAGCUCGAAAACCUAGCCAAAACUUACGGCAAAUUCUGUUGUACGUGGCAGGCUGACAGAGGGGAUAGGCUUCCUAUGGGUGCACUUGCGCUGAUGAUAUCUCCACAAGUAGAAAGUCCAAGUUUGGUGAAUGAUGCCAAGUACAAUUUUUUUUCAGAGAAUGAUCAACCCCUUGGUUGACUAUUGGAAGCAGCAUGGCAAAGGAUUUGCCAUUGACAUCGAUGAGACUUAGAUCAAGUUAAGGGCACCUUUUCCUUGACUCACUCUAUAUACCAACUAUUUCACUCAUUUUCAUACCAAAUAAAUUAGAGCUAUGAAAUUUUACAUUUAACAGAAAAUAAUUGUCUGUGAAGUGUUUCCUCCACUCAACUUUAUAUAUAUGUUGAUGGAUUGAAUCUAAAGCUCAAUGACAUAAGCUNUUUUUAAGGAUAAAUUAUAAUUUAUUGUUGUUCUUUAUUCACUAGCAAUUAAUCCUCGUUCGGCCAAUUAAUUUUCGUUCGUUCUUUCUUGUUGUUCCUUGAUUCUUUGGGUUUAGGGUUUAG